AUUUUUCGGUUAUGUUCUUUCUCUUCUAUAAUUACAUCCGUAUCGGGAGAAAAUCGUUCAAUUCUCUGCUGAAAACCCUUGAUUAGCUGAUUCGAAUUGAAUUGGGGUUAGGGUUUGCCAUUGGUCAAUCGUCAUACCAUGUACGCCGAUCAAUUGGAGGCUCAAGCUAAUCGAUCCGUUAAGGACCGCCUCGACGGAGGUUCUGCCUUCACCUCCGCCCGCCGCAGACCUAUCUCCGGCAAGAGACAGAGAGAGGAUGAUGACAAAUGGCAACAUGAUUUGUUUGAAGACGAAGGACGACGGGUUUCAAAUUCUAGGGUUGGUGUAAGAGAUCUUCGUCUGAAGCUUCAAAGAAAGAGUAACGAGCAAAGCAUGAGGGGAUCUGUUACUGGAGGUGCAAGGGAUUUACGUGAGAAACUCUCAGGCACAUUGUAUUCACAACCUGUUGAGUCCAAACCUCCACCUCCAAGGCCAAGGUCUGCAGUUGAAGUCAACAAACCAACGAGGAAGAGUGUCAUAGCCCAAGCUCCAGCUCUAGAAGAAAAUGCCACGGGCUCAGUAUCAAAGGAAAGGGCUCAGCAGAAGGUUGAGUCUGUGGAUAAAUUCCUGCAUUCCUUGGGUCUCGAGAAAUAUUCAAUUACAUUUCAGGCUGAAGAAGUUGAUAUGACCGCCCUGAUUCACAUGAGUGAUGAAGAUCUUAAAGCUUUAGGAAUUCCAAUGGGUCCAAGAAAGAAGAUACUUUUGGCAUUGGAAUCAAAAUCAAAUGACUAAAUCCAGACAGGGGUUCGGCUUUUCGGAUCGUUUUUAAUAGUUUGAAAUCCUUGGAAUCGACAGGCUUGCCUUCUAUCUUAACAAUCCUUCCGGAUACUAUAUUUUGCCCGCAGUUUCAUGUUACAUUACCAAAUAUUUGCAUUGAAAAUAUGUAGAUGGUUUGUGUUUGUUUUAACUCAAUGGUUUUGAUUCACUGGCA